AUGGGAGAAAGAAGUACGAAGGAGGUGCAGCAGCAGACCGGAGACCCGUCGUUGGAAGCUCGGGAGGCGGCGAAGGCGGACGACAUAAGCGUGACUGUUCUGAACCUCGCGGGCCGCGAGGUGCUGUCAUGUGCUUUAGCAGACGCGACCACAGUGCGCGAGCUUAAGAGUCUGGUGGCAGCCGCGGGUGGUCCGCACGUGCGCCUCCAGCAACUGUCCUUUGGCAGCUGCAUCUUGAAGGAUGCGACCUCUUGCCAGCAGUUGGGAUGGACUUCUGCUGAACCGGUUGCGGUGACCAUGACGCGCAUACUGCCAGAUUUUGAGAAGCUCUUGGCCGGUCUCCUGCACCCAAGAUAUCUGACGCGGCCCGGGAAGUUGCAGGAGUCUGAUCUCUGGACCUUGUGCUGCCACUGCAAAGAAGUCUUUCUGUCGGAGCCAAUGCUGCUGAAACUCGAGCCGCCAAUGUGUGUUGUUGGUAAUAUGCAUGGCCACUUUGAUCAGCUGGUCAAGCUUCUUGAGAGAUGCGGAAGCCUUCCUGACACACGCUAUUUGUUUCUGGGCAAUUAUGUAAGCAAGGGGCCGCCGCGGAGCAUCGAAACGAUGGCAUUGCUUUUCGUGUUCAAGGCUCAGUUUCCUGAGAAUUUGUUUUUGCUACGGGGCCAAGAAGACAAUGCAGCCACGAGCCGGGCUUCUGGCUUCUACGACGAGUGCCAUCGACGAUUCCACGUUAAGCUUUGGAAAGCUUUCGUGGAUGUGUUUAACUGCAUGCCGGUGUGUGCUCUGAUUCGCGAGAAGAUCUUCUGUGUAAGCAGCGGGCUUUCCCCCGAUCUCACCAGUUUCGAUCGGAUCCAGGAGUUGGAGCGUCCACGCCACGUACCCGAAGAAGGCCUUCUUUGUGACCUGCUGUUUGCUCAGCCAGAGACUCGGAGCGGCUGGUACAAGGGUCCGCUGGAUAUUGCGCGUACGUUUGGUGAAGACGUGGUGCAGCAGUUCUCUGCAGAGCUGGGACUGGACCUGAUCGUCCGGAGCAACCAACUUGUUGACGAUGGCUACGCAUUCUUUGCCAACGAAAAGCUUCUGACUCUCUGGAGCAUUGCAAGCUGGGACUAUGAGGACUCGCAUAACCUGGCUGCAGUCAUGACAGUUUCCGACGACCUGGACAUCAAACUCGAGGUAUUUGACAAGCUCAGUUCUGCAAGUUCUGGUGUGGCUGGAGAAGGCCGGACAAUAACGCUC